UUAUUGACAUUUAUUUUUUAUUUAUUUGUUUGUUUAUUUAUUUGUUUGUUUAUUUAUUUAUGUUAUUUCAGUCUACCCUUCUUGCUGUCUUUAGUUGAGUUUUCACAGAAGAACCCUAGAGACGAAUAUCACAGACUUUUUCACAAAGUCUUCAAGCCGGGUUGUACGUAACACAGCCGUGUAUAAUCAUGAGCAUACAAAACAGUGAAAGAAUUUGAAUUGAGAAUUGAGAGAAAACAUUGAUAGAUUCAGUCUGUACAAAAAUCUGGAAAGUUCUACCUCGUUAGCCGAAAGCCUUGAAACUACGAUUUAAAGAUACGUUGAUUAUUUUUAUAGAAACAAACAGUCUGAAUCUUGGCUGACACCUGAUAUUGACCUCAUCUUGAAGUCCUUUUUAGCAGCCAAGUGAUUCAGGAUUUUCAGGGCAAGUUUAGUUGCCAAGUUAUGAAACACAGGGGUGUGUCAGUUGUGUGCUUCAGGACAAAUUGUGUUCUGUGUUAAUGCUUUGUUUUAUAGCAUAAAAUUCUGUGGAUUGGACAGUGUAUGUCAGGGGAUUGGACGGUAUAUGUCAGUGGAUAGGUCAAAUCUAAAUCAGUACCAGUACAGCAUUUAAGAUAUGCUGACGAGUGAUUGGGUUGAGAGCUGGAGCAUUAAGGAUGUGGCUCUCUGGCUAAAGAAGCAGGGAUUUGGUGAACAUGUGGAGCUGCUUUGCACUAAGCACCGCGUGGAUGGAGCUGCAUUGCUGUGUCUAACAGAACAUGACCUGCGAUCCCCACCACUGCAGCUCCCACGGCUCGGAGACAUCAAAAGGCUCACAGUUGCCCUUCGAGGGCUUCAGAGACAACAAACACGCUCACACACACCACCCAGUGACUUCAUUGCAGAUGGUGUGUUUCAAUCACAUACCUCAGGUUUAAAACGUUGUUUUAGCAGCAUAGACCAAAACAACCCACAGUGUAAUGGGGUCAGCAUGGCCAUGCGGGAGGAGCAUUGCCAGGGUUAUUCAAAUGGGAAAUGUAAGAAGGACUAUGGCUACCUGGACCCAGAGGGAUGGAAGACAGCUCUGAGCUCUGUCUAUGUGAUGCUGGUGUUUGGUAUCACUUCAUUUGUCAUGGUGCUGGUGCAUGAGAGGGUGCCUGACAUGCAAACCUACCCACCCUUGCCUGAUAUUUUUCUUGACAGUGUACCUAGAAUUCCUUGGGCUUUCGCCAUGGCUGAGGCCUGUGCUCUUGUUCUGUGCUACAUAUUACUGCUAAUACUGCUGCUGCACAAGCACAGAUCUAUUCUCUUUCGUAGAUUCUGUUCUUUAACAGGGACUGUGUUCCUGCUUCGCUGUGUCACCAUGUUCGUCACCUCCUUGUCUGUCCCAGGACAUCAUCUACAGUGUUCAGGAAAGAUGUAUGGUGAUAUCUGGGCAAAAAUCCUGCGCGCGUUACAGAUUUGGAGCGGCUUGGGUAUGUCCCUGACAGGGGUACACACGUGUGGAGAUUACAUGUUCAGUGGGCAUACAGUGGUUCUUACCAUGCUCAACUUCUUUGUCACGGAGUACACUCCACGUAACUGGCACAUUUUACACACAUUGGCAUGGGUGCUGAAUCUGUUUGGGGUAUUCUUCAUCCUGGCUGCCCACGAGCACUACUCCAUUGAUGUUUUCAUCGCCUUCUACCUCACUACUCGAUUGUUCCUGUACUACCAUACGCUGGCCAACACGCGGGCAUAUCAGCACAGCCGACGAGCUCGCAUCUGGUUUCCCAUGUUUUCUUUCUUUGAGUGCAACAUCAAUGGUCCUAUCCCCAAUGAGUACUGCUGGCCCUUCUCCAGGCCUGCCUUCAUGAAAACACUCAUUGGCUAGAAAGAAAGUGUGUGUGUAUCACAGCUUGGCUGUCUAGAUUGAUUGUCUGAUAGAUUUAGACUAUUAAAAAGAAUAAGAUAUUUAUUCAUUGUUUUUUUUUU